CAAAGGUCUCUAGCGGAAACGGAAAUCAGCAGCUAAUUAGAGAAAACAAAAAUGAACAAAGAGUUCAUCACGCAGGGCGGCACGCCUAUAACCGCCGAAUUGGCCACGGAUCUGCGCAAUUUGGUUUUCGGUACCGCCGCAAUUCCCAUGCGAGCCGAAUGGCUACAGACGUCCUUUGUGUUUGGUGCUCCCAAGGAGGAGCUGGCCUACGGCCUUCGUUCGCCCCGGAACGCCACACGUGGUCUGUUGUCCGUCGUCCAGGGAUUCGUUCUGAAGUAUCUGCUCUUCGCCCGGAAGACCAGUCGCGUGGCUUCGCUUACCGACCCGCUCCUGGCCACCGCCGAUAUGCAGAGGGAGGCCUUGUUCUGCGCCCUCUUGGAAAUACUGCGCACCAUCUCGGACAAGGGCAAGGUCACCAUGGUGCUGCCGUCGGAGGACGAGGUGUUCGUGGACCACAGCGCCUGCUAUUUCCAUGAUUCCGUCACCGAGAAGCUCUAUGUUUUCACGCUGUCGCCCAACGACGAGUUGGAAUACUUUUUGAAGCGAAAUUUCAAAUACUUUACAGAAGAGGAGACCCCAGGCACCCUGCUGUUUCUAUAUAGCGCCGUCCUCACGCGAUCCAUGGGAAAAGUUCGAACGGAUCUGGACUCGGCCAAAUCCUCGCCCCUGACGUCGAGCAAUCACGAGGAGGGAUCCCUGAUGAUUGUCACGUUGCUGCUGACGGGACGUGCCACGCCCUAUAUCCAUAAUGGUGUUGUAAAUGUGGGCGACGAGAGUAGCUAUGCGGUUCCGCAGUACGGCGUCCUCAAAAGAUGUAUGAUUGGUCUCCUGCUCUGGGACAUCGAGUCAGCUAGCGCUGCGGUUAAUCAGUCCCGUCAGCCGGGCUCGCGACUCAAGACGCCCAACUAUCCCAUCUGGAUAACCAGCUGCACGGGUCACUUUGGCGUGAUCUUCAACAAGAAUCCGGAUCUGUUGCGCAACUAUCAUGCGGAGUCGCGUUUCGAUGUGAAUUACUACAGCUGCUCCGGUCACCAGAUACUGAUGACCAUCGACAAUCGGACGUACAACGAGCAGGCAUUGGUCAUGUUGGAGCGACAACCAAUCACGCCGGAGAGUACCUCGAUGUCCGGAAAGGAGGAUGGCGCAACGUCGCCAACGACCGUUUCCGGUGGAGGAGGUGCUGCUGCCGGCGGCGGUGUGGGUGGCGCUAGCGGCGGUGUUGGUGGUGCUGCUAGUGGCGCUAGCGGUGGUAACGAUGUGGUCGCCAAGGAGGAGUCGACGCUCAACACGCCGUUGCAGCGUCUGAUUCGUACCAAGUGGGAAGAGGCAACUAUAAGCUUUCACGUGCAGCCAUCGAUGUUGAGUUAUCUUUUUAGUACCACACAGUAGAAUGCAGGAUCCAAAAAGCUAUAGAUACUCCUUUGCUAAAGUCAGAACGAUUCACAUUCAAGCGCAAGAGAUAUCAUCAAAGUGAUUAGAUGAUCACAAGAUCAGAUCAAUUAAAUUUGUUUUUUAAAAAGUUAAAGAUAAGAGAUAAGAUACAUUUCCAAUUGAAUUUGAAAGUUAAAAAUUAGUUUCAAAUUAGUUUUCAAAGCAAUUUCAUCAGCUCAGAUACUUAAGCAUAGAACUAUUACUACAUUUAUUUUAAAUAUAUUUUUGUUUAAUUUAAUCAUUUUGUUAAUCAUUAAGCAUGUAAGCUUGUCAUGUUGUCUCUUGGUCUAUGAUAUAAAUCGACUUUCUUGGCGAAUGACCAAUGCAAAAAUGAAUUUCAACUGCUUGACAUAUACUCUAUUGGAUAUAAAAGGUUUUAAUUCGCAAACCAAACAAGUAAGUUCCAAAAACCAGUAAGAACAUUAAAUAAUAUGACCAGAAAAUGGAGUUUUAAUAUUUUUAAAUAUCUCUAUUAAAUCUUUUUGCAUAUUACCAAUAUUAUAAGAGAAAUCUGAUACAAAAUAUCUUUAAUUCGUAGAGUUAGGGUUUCGAAAAGCCCCAGAAAAUAGAUUAUAGAUUUAGUGCCACAUAUUGUAAGCUUGUUAGACGAUGCACCAGAUUAGAUUAACUAGCACAAAGAUUAGUAGAACUCUACUGUUGCUGUCUUUCCGAUGGAAAAAUCCGAAUUGGUAUUUUAAAAAGAUACGAACGGUCGAAAUUCCGAACCUCGAACCAAAAACGGCGAUGGUAAAUACACGUAAAAUAUUCAAAGUAUCUAAUCAAAUGCCGAAACGAGCAAAGGCAGAUUUAUGAAAUGGGGCCACAGCCUUCAGAAAUCUGCCUGGAUGAGGCCUCCCUUUACGAGAAGAGCGACUGCAGGACUCUAAACCAGUUGAUUGAUGCUGCCGCCUGAAGCCACUAGAAGAUAUAAUAUUAUCCAAAUCAAUGUAGAUCACCAACAUGCUUCCGUUUUCGAAACUAACAAAGAUUCUGUCAAAAAUAAACGAACUUG